UGGUACAUUGAUGGGUGCCUGGAAAUCACACUCUUCUUCGAAGUCGCUCAUGGAUCGCAAUUAUUAAAGUAGAAAAAGAAAAAAGUGAAAGGCACAGGUUUCUUUUUUUUUUUUCGGUGACAACUCUUUUUUUUUUCUCUCUCUCUAAGUUCAUCCAUGUGCGGCAUUCUAUUUUCCCUGUCAAAUAAAGACAGACCUGUGAAUGAAGAAGAGUGGGAAAUACUAAAGGAAUUGAAUACAAGACGAGGUCCUGAUGCACAAAACUUGAAACAAGUGCAUUGUUCCUGCGAUCAAGAGGAAUUAACGUUACAAUUCUUUUCGACUGUACUUCAUUUACGUGGUCCAGAAGUUGUUCCUCAACCGCGAUUUAACCCUGCUACAGGCGAUGUGCUUUGUUGGAACGGUGAAAUCUUUGGUGGUGUCCAAGUAGGAUUUGGACAGAAUGAUACGGAAGUCUUGAUGGCUCAGUUGGAAAAGGCAGAGUCAGAAGUGGAAUUACUCUCCUUAUUUUCAACGAUUGAAGGCCCUUUUGCCUUUGUCUUUUACAAGGCCGCCACCAACAAGGUUUGGUUUGCUCGAGAUUGUUUGGGCCGUCGAUCUUUAUUAUGGCAGAAAUCAGAAACGCACGCCUUCAUGUUGAGUUCGGUCGCCAAGGCAGAUCAGGAGUGGGAAGAAGUGCCUGCGCAUGGUAUCUACUGUAUUGAUUUGCAAAGCACGGGUUCUGAACUAGUCGCUUGUAACAAAUCCAUAAAGUUAUAUCCUUGGACCUAUCAUGAUCCUCAAGAUAGACUAGAAACAUUGCAAAAUGGCAACCUCACUUUUCCUUUUCCUAGACUCAAUGAAACAAUACCAUCCAACCUUGCAUCUAUAGAAAACGAGGAUGAAGACCCGGAGAUAGACGAAUCAAUGAAUACAGCCAUUAAGGAAUUUACAUCUGAAUUAAACAAGUCUGUCAAAAAUAGAGUGGCCGAUGUUCCUUAUUUAGAUUCAAAGGGACAGGCUAGAGUAGCCAUCUUAUUCUCGGGCGGUUUGGAUUGUAUCUGUUUAGCAGCUUUAGCCGAUCAACAUUUGCCCUUGACGGAAUCUAUUGAUCUAUUAAACGUCGCUUUUGAAAAUCCUCGUAUCGAAAAGGCUAAAUCACAAAAAGUCAAGGCAAAGAAGAAUAAAAAGAACAAACAGCUGGAAGAAGAGAUUAAGCCUGUCAUAGAGGAGCCAGCUGUUCGCUCAAUUUACGAUACACCAGAUCGAUUAACUGGCAGAGCCGGUGUGGAAGAAUUAAGACGGAUUUCUCCAGAGAGAACAUGGAAUUUUGUAGAGAUCAACGUACCUUAUCCAGAAGCGAUGGAAUAUAAGCAAAGAAUCAUUGACCGUAUGUAUCCGUUAGAUACAGUGAUGGAUUUGAGUAUUGCUAUGGCAUUCUGGUUUGCAUCCCGGGGUAAAGGUGUGAUUCAUGGCUCGGAAGAAUACGAGAGCCAUGCGCGUGUCCUUAUUUCGGGAUUAGGUGCAGAUGAACAAUUGGGAGGAUAUUCCAGACAUCGUGAAGCAUUCCGACAAGGAAGCUGGGAGAAAUUAAUACAGGAGAUGUGGACAGAAUAUCCAAUCGAAACUUGGGGCGGGAUGAUCGUAUCAUGUCAGAUCAUGGAAAAGAAGUGAGGUUUCCAUUCUUAAGCACGGAUGUUGUAAACUGGUUAUGCAGACAACCCAUCGAAUUAAAGAUGGAUUUACGAUAUAAUCGAGGUAUUGGAGAAAAGAUUUUAUUACGACAUGUGGCUAGAAGACUAGGUUUGAUCAACGCAAGUCGUAAUUGGAAAAGAGCUAUUCAAUUUGGAGCCAAAACUGCCAAAAUGACGGGAGAAAAUCG